UUUCUAUGCGCUACGUCCCAGUCUGGCCCAUUUUUCAAACGCGCCUUACACAAGAUCGAUGGUGGAUUGCGGAGAGGCGAGAGGAGGGAACAUAAAAAAGAGAUAGAAUCAACAAAAACAAAAACAGCAAACAACACAACAACCAAUAUGCCCUUUGAAGGAUCACUCACCGAUUUCUCUGUCCGCCACUUCAGCGGAUACAUUUGCCUCAAGCCCCAAGUGGGCAAUGACCUUAACAAAGUCCACAGCCCCACGGUCAUCAACACAGUCUGGAAGAAGUGGGCCAUGGCACGCAUCACACAACAGAAGCCCCUUGUUGGUAUCACAGUUGAAGGUCAGCAAUUUUCCGAGGAUCCAGUGGUGAAGGUCAAUGGGGAGUUGAACUCUUCGCAUGAUGAUUUGAAUGAUGAGGAGGUGAUUGAGACUUUAAAGUCUCUGUUCUGCACCCUGGCCAAGGCCCUCAAACAGACCCAGACCAAGUUCAAGUUCUACGGAGAUGACGAUAAGUACUCGUGCCAAUACAACAUCUCCCACUCCAAGAAAUCACUUCCUCAAUAUUGGGGAAGGCUUCGAUUAUCCAGUUUGUUGGAUGACGAAGAACAAGAUGAGAACAUCGCACAACACAUGCAGCUCCCUGGAAUGGAACCUCCCAAGGAAGUGAGCCUUGAUGACCUGAUUGCUUGGUUUAGUCAGAUGGGCCCAACAGAGGUUGAAUGUUAGGGGGGAUUAGCUUAUUGGCUUAUUAGGGGGGAGCUGCUUGGCAGAACGCCGCUCCAUUGCACAGACUCAUAAAUGAACUUAGAAUGACUGUAACAUUGAAGAAACUUAGAUUGGGUUCCGCUAGAAAAAAUGCCGCACUUUCCACGGGUGACCCGACAGAGAUUGAAAAUUAGCUGGGAAUAGCUUGGCAGAACGAUGAACAAACUCACAAACAAGGUGGGAUAAGCUGUAACAUAGAACCAUUUGAUGAAAACUAUGAGUGGGUUCAGGUAGGGAUUCUAUACAUGUACUCUGGUGUAAAGUCCCACCGGGAAUAUUGGAUCGUUACCCUGUUGGGGCCCUUGGAUUCUAUACUUCUGGUUAGGAUUUGGUUGUUAGAGAUACUAAGAGGGUUUGUUGUUGUUGCUGUUUCCUGUGGAGGUGAGGUAGGAUGUUCCUUCUGCAAUCGUGGCAGCUACUUGCCACACUGAGGAGGCAUCAUUUUCAUAGUAGGACCAUGUAGCAGAUUGCCGGACUUGUGCUCCGCGUUGGGAAUUUGGUGACGGCGGUAAAACGGGAACUGGAAUGUCUUCUUGCCGUCUGUAACUAGGAUACUGACACAAUAGGUAGAGUAUGAUGAUUGCAUUCAGCCCGAACACACCACCCAAGACAAGCUCGAA